UAGAGCAGACAGUCGAUCACAAAGUGAAAAUACAAGUGUUUAAUUUGAGUUGACCUGCUUCUUCUCGACUCUUUGGCUCGUUGAAACAAAUGAAGAACAGCGAGUUGACAGGCUGGCUCCACUAGGCUACUGUAUCUGUUCUCUCCUCCCCCUCCUCCACCCGCUCCACCACAACCAGGAAAUCGUCGAGGUGUGCUACUUUAUACUUCUGGUUUCUCCCAGUUUUCGAGUGUAGCUGUGGGCUUUUGGCGGAGUUUUUCCGUUAUUAUUUCACCACUUUGACAUUAAGAGCCGGGUUUCAGCACUGAAGUCAGACAAACUUGCCUACCAGGAGAGGAUCUCCACUCCGAGCGAACAAUGAGUGAGUCAAGUAUUUGCCAAGCUCGGGCAACUGUGAUGAUCUACGACGAUGGCAGUAAGAAGUGGCUACCAGCAGGUGCUGGGCCCCAGGCCUUCAGCAGAGUUCAGAUCUAUCACAACCCCUCCACCAAUGCCUUUAGGGUAGUGGGUCGCAAGAUGCAGACGGACCAGCAGGUGGUGAUAAACUGUCCAAUUGUGAAAGGUCUCAAGUAUAACGAGGCCACACCAAAUUUCCACCAGUGGCGGGAUGCCCGGCAGGUAUGGGGGCUCAACUUCGGUAGCAAGGAGGAUGCUGCUCUAUUUGCCAAUGGCAUGUCUCAUGCCCUGGAGGUGCUCAAUUCCAUGUCAGAUGCAGGUUAUGCAACCCUCCCCCGCCCAGUGUCAAAUGGACCUACACCAGAAGAGCUCGAACAACAGCGGAGAUUGGAGCAGCAGAGAUUGGAACAGCAGGAGAGAGAGAGACAGGAGCGGGAGCGACAGGAAAGAGAGAGACUGGAAAGAGAGAGACAAUCUGCUGCAGUCCCCAUUCCACCUGCUCCACCUUUGGCCCCUGUAAGCGCUGCUCCACCACCAGCACCUCCCCCACCCCCUUGCCCUCCUCCCAUGGCUGGCAUCCCUCCCCCGCCAGGACCACCUCCCUCAGGACCUCCCCCAGCCCCUCCCCUUCCUGCUGCAGGAGGAGGUGGGGGAGAAGGAGGAGGGGGCCUUGGUGGUGGUGGAGGGUUGGCAGCUGCCUUAGCAGGGGCUAAACUCCGCAAAGUAUCCAAGCAGGAAGAAGGAGGCACUGCAGCACCAAUAAGCAGAGCUGACUCCAGUCGCAGCAGCAACUCCUCUAUUGGAGGUGGAGGGGGGGCUGGAUUGAUGGGGGAAAUGAGUGCCAUCCUGGCACGAAGGAGAAAAGCUGCGGACGUCGGAGAGAAGCCACCUUUGAAGACGCAAGAUAAUGAUGAUCCAGAGCCUCAAGGUCAAAGUGACACCCUGAGAAGACCUUGGGAGAAGUCAACCAUGACCAGGAAUAAUUCGAUUGGCAAGAGCCCAGACUCGACUCCGUCACUGUCCCAAGUGUCCAGGGCAAAGCCUGCAGGACAGAGUAAUGAUGCGGAUGGUAUGGAUGACUCAGAUUUGGAGAAAAUGAAACAGGAGAUCCUGGAAGAAGUGCGCAAAGAACUACAAAAAGUAAAAGAGGAAAUCAUUGGAGCCUUCAUUCAGGAGCUUCAAAAGAGAAGCACAUAGUUCUGCUGAGUGUGAGGUGUAUCAGAGGGAUGUGAUGGAUUGGUGGGUCAAGGCUCGCUGUGACCUCUCAUCUACUGAGCCCUCCCAUGUAGCCCAGGGAUUUUUGUUUUAUUCUGCUGCACAUUUUCUCUUUACUCUUUCUCUCUUCAACAAACACUUGAGCAUACUUGCUUAUGAGUACAUUAUGCUUAUUCACUUAAUGUAAAUUGUUACCCACGGAACCUCAUGUCGCCAUCCAGCACUUUCAAUGAUCACUUACUAACAUUGCUGGGGUUAUCCUACCUAUCCUAUCUCUACCCUGUUUAUUUAUCCCAUCCCUUUGUGUGCUAAAUCAAUGUAGAAUACACAGCCAAAGUUGCGCUGUCCAUUUUGUGAUCAGAUACACUUCAUCAUUAUCACCUUUUCUACCUGUCUUUUCCCAUCUGCUAUCAGACAAACCAAUUACUGAAAGAGCUUCCUUCAGCAUUCAGUAAAAUUCGGGCAUUAAAGAUGCUUGCUGAGAUUGUUUUUCACUCUUUCUCAGAUGACCAAAAAUGAUUUUUCCUCAAACUUUUAAAUGUAUAGGGCAGUUCAGUACAUCGCCUAGUAGGAAAGGGGUUGGAUGUGAUAAAACGACUAAAUUGAGGCUGGAUUGGCAAUCCCAACUUUCUGACUACUGCAAUGUCUCUCCCUCGAAUAGACUUUGAGCUCCCAGCAAUGGCUAAGAACUUAAACAACACACCUGUCUUCACUGCUGCAAGACAGAGAAGUUGAUGGAGGACAUGACAAGUGAGGGGAACCAGAUGGAUAAACCAAGUGCUGUGAAAGAUGAGUCUGUUGUUGUUUUAAGAUGUGAGAAAUGUAUUCUUAUUUCAUUGCACUUGUUCUAGAGGAAGUGGGCCUGUGUGCCACACUGCCUUGACAGACUACUUCCUCUCACUCAUGAGAUAAUUGUGUGCCAGUGUAGUGGCCCUACCUACACUGUGCUUCUUCUAGUUUUUUUUUCAAUCUUUUUCUUGCUGCAAAACAUAUAUAAUGGCCAUGAUGGAGUCCUUUUUUGCCAUGUCCAACUGCCUUGAGAAAAAAAUAUAUAUAAAUGUAUAAAUAAGGAAAAUAUAUUUGUUUUGAGGGAAAUGUAUUCAAAAGAAAAGAAAUUGUGUUUCUAUUUUAAUUGAAAUGACUGGUGAAUGGGGACUUUGUUUUUUCUUUUUCAAUUAUAGUUUUCUUAUCAAAUGUUUUCUUUGGGGGUAUAGUGUUUCAUUUUCUAGUAGAGUCUAGGCUUUUUACAAUGAAAUAUAAAAAUCAGCUGAUAGACACUGGAUUAGAGAUGUCUUUAUAGUUCAAUACAGUUGCGUCUUGAAAUGCA